AUGGACUCCCCACAAGGCACCCGCUACUUCGACGCCAAUCUGGACGAUGGGGCCGAGGAGACCAUUCUCCCAGGUCAGAACGUGGCUAGAACUCACCUCCGCUUCGACGACCCAGAGAACCCGGAACCGCGCAACACGCAAGGGCAAACCCGUGACACUCGUGGCAAAGGCCCUGGCUGGGGUAGACGCAAGGGCCGUGGCAUCGAGAAGGUGCGUGAGCGCGAAACCAAACCCAUGAUGCAAGCAAAGUACGCGAUGUUGGAAGUAAAGUACGAGGUGGAGAAACGGAACUCCAACCUCCGCAUCGCCGACCAGAGAGAGACAAUCGCCACCCUCGAAAACGACAAGGAUCGACUCCAAGAACAGAACGCGGCGCGACAGGCUCUGGUCGCUGAGUUGGAAACGAAGAUCGCCGAGCUAGAGAAGAAACUCGUCAAGACGAACAAGACCGUCGAGCAGCACAAGAGACUCGUCGCACAGCAGGAGAAGGCCCUGGCGGGCAUGGCGAUGAAGCUUGGUCUCGGUGAUGCCGACACAAUGGACGUUGGUGCCAAGAUUGAGCGCGAUUGA